AUGCGUUGGGGAAUGCCACCUCAGGACGCCUAUCAAUCUCAGUGGCUUACUCGUGAUUUGAAGGGGAAAUCUGAACGAGCAUUUAAAACUUACACAUCCUUGUUUAUGCGGCAUUUAUGUGAGCCUGGUGCAGACACUCAGGAAACGUUCAACGAUGGUGUCCCAAGAGAAGGACUCAAUAGGCAGCAUGUCUUAACUCGCAUAGGGAUCAUGAGCCUUAUCAGGAAGAAAGUCCAAGAGUUCGAGCAAGUAAAUGGGGAGUGGUCAAUGCCUGAAAUGCGUACCAAAGUAUUAGAGGCAGCUGGUAACAAUCCGUUGAAAACCACAUCUUCUUCGAAGGCAAGUAGCCGUGAGCAUAGUGUAGCCCCCGAGGAGAAAAAGGAGGACAGCAAUGAUGUGCCUGAACACUCUGACCCCCCUGCAAAGGUAGCGGUCGUACAUUAGUG